GGGAAUGUUUUCACCAACUCCGGCCGCGCGCCGCCCCGGUUUUUUUAAACCCCUCCCGGGAUACUUCGCUUGAACACGCACGGUGCUGCUAGGAGCCCAGUACCAGUCUGCUGGCCAGCAGCUCGUGCGUACUACCAGCCUACCACCAGCCGUGGUUGCAGCAUCGUCGUUCUAGCCACGCUUCUCGUGUGAGCGCUGGGUGCAAUGUAGUGGGCGUGUCGUGCUGGUUGGAAGUGAUCGUGAUGGAGCAGCAGCGGAGCCGGAGGCCGGAGGAGCAGAGGGCGGGGCCCUCAUGCGGGCGGCGCGCGCGGGCGGAGACGCGGCACCCGGUGUACCGCGGGGUGCGGCUCCGCGCGGGGAAGUGGGUGUCGGAGAUCCGCGAGCUGCGGAAGCCCAGCAGGAUCUGGCUCGGCACGUACCCGACGCCCGAGAUGGCCGCCGCGGCCUACGACGCCGCCGCGUCGGCGCUGCGGGGCGCCGGCGCCGCGCUCAACUUCCCCGACGCCGCGCGGUCGCUCCCGGCGCCGGCCUCCGCGUCCCCGGAGGACGUCCGGGCCGCGGCCGCCCAGGCGGCGGCGGCGAUGGACGGCCGCCUCCGUCAUCGCGAGCCGCGCGGCGACGGCGGCGGCGCGGACGACGCCAUGGCGAUCGUGGACGAGGACGACCUGUUCGAGAUGCCGCAGCUGAUGAUGAGCAUGGCGGAGGGGCUGAUGAUGAGCCCGCCAGCGCUGGGCCCCGCGGCGGCAGCGGCGUCGAUGGAAGCCGAUGAGGAAGGGGUCAGCCUGUGGGAUCACUCUUGAUGCUCUGGCUGGGGACGACGACGCUUGCCGUAGUGGGGAAGGUGGUGGUGUAAGAUGGGGGAGGACGCGCGCCAGCGCCAUGACCUCGUGCUGGCGAAUGAAGCGUGCGCGUUGGAUGACACCUGAUGUGCGUGGACAGAGGAAUAUGUGCUCCUGGCCUCCUGGGGGCAACAUCUACGUUGUGCGAGACGCGCUUGUACGUACGUUUUGUAGCAUGGACGUGACAUGCAUGGAUGAUGCAGACACGACAGACGCACACUGAUACACACGUAUGUCACAAGUUCAUCGCAUUUGUAGCAGUUCACGAAACCCUUUUUUCUUCGACGCGUCUCCAACAUCUACGACCUAUCCCACUGCAAAUUCAGUUCAACUAACAUCAGGCCUACCAUAAUAUUAUAAUAAAAGCGAAUGCAAAUUUCAGUUCUAUGUAA